AUGCGACUUCUGGACACAUGUACAGGCCUAUUUCACUGGACCGACGGCCCCUCUGAGACGUCGUAUGCUAUACUAUCGCAUGUGUGGUGCACACUCCCAACUUCGGAUCAGUCAUAUGAGGACAUCGUACGCAUCCAAGCAUCCCAGGACGGUGGCAUGACAAUUUGGGCUGAUGUUCGAGUCAACGAGAAAAUUCGGAACGCUUGUGCCGUCGCAUGGGUUGACGGCCAUCGCUACCUUUGGAUAGACUCGUGCUGUAUUGACAAGACGAGCAGUGCGGAGCUAUCGGAAGCUAUCAACUCGAUGUACGAGUGGUAUGCCCAAGCUGACAUCUGCUACGCCUACCUAGAGGAUGUGGAUGACGAUGACGAUCUCUCCGACCCUUUAUCCUCCUUCCGCUAUAGCAAGUGGCACUCCCGAGGAUGGACCCUUCAGGAACUUAUUGCGCCCAAGUCCCUCCUCUUCUUGUCUCGCCAAUGGCAUCCUCUCGGCACCAAGCACUCCCUAGCCGUCAUCAUUGAACAAGUGACGGGGGUUGAUCGCGAGAUCCUCAUACAUACUAAACAACUCGAUCAAGUCAGCAUUGCAAAGCGCAUGUCGUGGGCUUCCAAGCGGACGACGACGAGGAUCGAGGACGAAGCAUACUCACUCAUGGGCAUCUUUGGCGUCCACAUGACCACGAUAUAUGGGGAGAGGCAGAACGCCUUCCGUCGUCUCCAGGAGGAGAUCCUCCGGAGGAAUCCUGACCAGAGCAUCUUUGCUUGG